AUUAAGUCCCACACGCUUCUGUGUUGCCAUAUUUUGAACCAACCUGGAUCCUCGAGACAUUAUUCACCUCCCCGAAGUGCCUUUCAGCAGCGACUCGCCAACAUGCCCAAAGGCUUCCUGGUAAAAAGAAACAAGAAAUCGGCACACGUUUCCUACAGGACGCGCCCAGACGAGGAUGACCUCCAGGAGCCUCCCACCCCAGCUGCCUUGCCGAGUCAGGCUGACCCCUCCCCGCCGCUGUCCGUGGCGUCCAGUCCAGACCGCGCGGAUUUCACAGCAGCUGAUGCGCCCGUGCCAAGACUGGAGAAACCGGCGCAAUUCGGCAACCCGGAGACGGCGUGCCAAGCCCUGUACAGCCCCACCCGGCCAAUCAGCAAGGAGCACGACCGGGGAUAUUUUGAGCGAAGUUUCAAUCUAGGCUCGCCGAUUUCUGCAGAGUCAUUCCCUACACCUGCAUCCCUCUCCGGCCUGGACCACCUUCUCUACGCUCCGGUUGAUCUAAAAAUCGGCACCAGCAACAGCAGCCGCAGCGGCACCACCUCCUCCUCCACCAGCAGCAGCAGUAGCAGCCUCCCAGCACCAAACAACCGCCUAGCCACCAAAAGACCCGCUGAGGCCACGGAGCGCAAACCCAAACCCGCCGCCAAAAAACCCAAAGCCAUCAGAAAGCUCAACUUCGAGGACGAGGUAACGACCUCUCCGGUGCUGGGGCUCAAAAUCAAAGAGGGCCCCGUGGAGAUGAAGCCACGACCACUGUCCGUCGCGGGAAACAAACCUUUAGGGGAGUUUGUGUGUCAGCUUUGCAAAGAAGCGUACGCGGAUCCAUUCUCUCUCGCACAGCACAAAUGCUCUCGCAUUGUCCGAGUCGAGUACCGCUGUCCGGAGUGUGAUAAGAUGUUUAGCUGUCCGGCCAAUCUCGCCUCUCAUCGCCGCUGGCAUAAACCACGGGCCGCUGCCACAGGGGCAUCUGCACUGCCCCCUACGCAGGGCAUCAAAUCUGACAUGGCCAAAACGCCUCCCCUGGGUGUCAAGUCUGAUGAAGCCAAAGACACAAGUGACAGAGACACCCCCAGUCCAGGUCUGUCUGAGUCCGGGUCUGAAGACGGCGCGUACGACUGUCAGUUCUGCGGGAAGAGGUUCAAGCGCCAGGCAUACCUAAGAAAACACAUCAUGGGACACCAGGCCUUGCAGAAGAAAGUGCUGGAGGAGUUUCAGACGGCCGAGCGAGCAGCAGAGCAGCCCCCCAUGCCCUCCUCUUCCUCCUCAGAGGAAGCGUCAAACCAAAGCCCCCUCAACCUGAGCCCAGUGGACUGCCUACUGUGUCCCGUGUGUGGGGAGAGUUUCACCAGCAGGGCUGGCCAGGAGAGACACCUGCGCCUCAUGCACUCAUCCCAGAUUUACCCGUGCAAAUACUGCCCCGCCACGCUCUACAGCUCACCGGGGCUCACCAGGCACAUAAACAAGUGCCACCCCUCGGAGAACAGGCAGGUCAUUCUGCUGCAGAUGCCGGUGCGCCCAGCCUGCUAGAGACAACACUCAACUCGUGCCUUUGAAGCAGAAAAAGCAAACA